CCAGCCGCCACUCGAGGUUGCACCUCUGCGGUUCUCAAGUUCUCCCUCACGUGGAGAGGUGUUGGCUCCGUACAGCAGACAGCAAGAACCGUUUUCGAACAAAAUGCGCCCAUUAAUGCCAUAGCAUAAACCUGCAGCCUGCACCAACGUCGUGAGCGCGCUCAUCCAAUCAUUACACCAUGGCACCCUCUGCGAUAGACGAGCCCGUCGGGCGAAGAGACAACUGGAAGAACCUGCCUCCACCAACACUGUAUCCCGUCAAAGAGGCCAGAUUUGAGAAAUAUCUGCCGCCGCAAUUAGAUGGCAGGGAACGGGCCUUGGCGCAACCAGAAGGAGAAGCCGCCAUCGUCAUCGACAAUGGCUCAUCUGCCGUCCGGGCAGGGUGGUCGUUCGAGGCCAAGCCGCGCCUAGCGAUACCUCCCAUCAUGUCUAAGUAUCGUGACCGGAAAGCAAACAAAACCUUUUCCUUCGCCGGCCAGGAUUGCUUCGCAGACACCACCGCCCGUGGACACAUCCGCAAUGCGUUCGAAGCCGGCACCGGAAUCGUCAGCAACUGGGAUGCCAUGGAGCACGUUCUCGACCAUGUGUUCAUCAAGCUCGGCAUGAACGGGGUGGAGUGUGGCAUUGACAUGCCCAUUGUCAUGACGGAGGCCGUUGCCAACCUUCCAUACUCGAGGAAGACGAUGAGCGAGAUGGUCUUCGAGUGCUACAGCGCCCCUAGCGUCGUCUAUGGAAUCGACUCACUCUUCUCAUAUCGCCACAACAAAGGCCAGACCGGACUAGUUGUGUCGUCGUCCUACAGCGCCACCCACCUAAUCCCCGUCUACAACGCCAAGGCAAUGCUGUCGCAGGCAAUAAGGCUGAACUGGGGAGGCUGGCACGCCGCUGAAUACCUCCUAAAGCUCGUCAAGCUCAAAUACUACUCAGGAUUUCCUGGGAAGCUUAACUCUUCGCAGAUGGAACAGAUGGUCCGGGACUUCUGCUACGUCUCGCUAGAUUACGACCAAGAAGUGACUCGGUAUCUGGAUUGGACAGGCCUGGAGGAAAGGGAGCGUAUCGUCCAGUACCCCUAUACCGAAGAAGUGGUUGUACAGAAAUCAGAAGAGGAGCUGGCCCGAAUCGCUGAAAGGAAGAAGGAAAGCGGUCGGAGACUGCAGGAGCAGGCCGCCAAAAUGCGCCUGGAGAGAUUGAUGAAGAAGGAGCAGGAGCUGGAGUACUACAAGGACGUGCAGCGGAGAAUAGCCGACCAAAGCAAGAAGGAGACGAAGCGACUGCUUGACGAAGCCGAGGUUAAGGACGAGGCAGCUCUGGAGCGGAUGAUCCGGGAACUUGAGCGAUCGAUCAAGCGGGCGCGGACAAAAGACCUCGGUGGCGAGCAAGAGGAGGAGCAAGAAGCCCCUGACUUUAGCCUUCUCGACGUACCAGACGACCAGUUAGACGAGGCCGGGCUGAAACAGAAGCGUCAACAGCGCCUCUUGAAAUCCAACCACGAUGCACGCGCACGAGCCAAGGCCGAGAAGGAGGCCGAAAAGGCUAGGAUAGCAGAGGAGGCUCGCCUCGACGAAGAGCGGCGAAUCAAUGACUUGGAAGGCUGGCUCGAGGAUAAGCGCCAGGCACGCCUCGCCAAAUUGGCCCAGAUCAAAGAGCGAGAACGUCUCAAAGCGGACCUUGGCAACCGCAAGUCCCUCGCGAGUCAAAUCCGCAUGAAGAACAUCGCCAACCUCGCGUCGGACGCCCCAACUAACGCCUCGGGAAGCCGCAAGCGCCGCCGCGGAGGGGACGACGACGACUUUGGCGCCGACGACGCUGACUGGGGCGUCUACCGUAGCGUAGCGAUCGGCGCCAAUAAGGGCGACAGCGAUGACGAGGAAGAGGGCGAAGAGGACCUGGAAGCCGCCGUCCGCGCGCUGGAAGCCGACUUGCUCACCUACGACAAGGACUUCUCGUACGAACAGACGCUCGACGCGCAAAAGGACUGGUCCAAGUCGCUGCUGCACGCCUUCCGCUACGGGCCCCGGCCCUUCGACCCUUCUUCCGCGGCCGAGACCCACCGGCUGCAUCUCAACGUCGAACGCAUCCGCGUGCCGGAGGUGCUCUUCCAGCCGACUGCCAUCGCCGGCGUCGACCAGGCCGGCAUCAUUGAGAUUGCGGGCGACAUCCUCACGCAGCGCCUGCCGUCCAUCAUCGGGCCAGGCAACUCGGAUGAUUUCCUGCGCGACGUCUUCCUCACGGGGGGAAACACCCUGUUCCAGAACUUCGAUGAGCGCCUGCGCGCAGGCCUCACCGCGUUGCUGCCCGCGGGCGCUCCGCUUGUGAUCCGGCGGGCGCAGGACGCGGUGCUGGAUGCGUGGCGCGGUGCGGCUGGAUGGGCGUGCACCGAAGAGGCGAAACGGGCGCGGAUCACGCGCGAGGAAUAUCUGGAGAAGGGCGGCGAGUAUAUCAAGGUAAGUUAUUCCUGUCUUCUUCCUCCCCAUUUUCUCCGUGUGUCGUGGAUAUAUCCCGGUGAUGCGGUUUCACUGACUCGAGUUGUAGGAACAUGAUUUGGGAAACGCCUUUGCUUGAUCUGAUCGCUCGUCCACAGAAGAAUGUUUCUCGGUAAUGUUAAAGGUCUAGUUGUACCAGGUUGAGGCGUUGGAGUUCCGGAUGGCGACAGACAGA